AUGCUCUGCGCCCAAUGCUCUGCGCCCUAUCCUCUGGUUCCUAUUCCCCUUCUCGCCAAACCUCCACCCGCCCCCGCCCCUUUCCAACCCCUACCCCUCAUGGUUGUCCCCUUCCUCCCUUUCCCCCACCCCCGCGCCAUUCCCCUGUUCCUCCUCGCAGGGGGGGUGGCGCACAACAUAGCGGAGUGCAUGGCAGCACUCUCCGCCGCGCCCUUCCUCAUCUCCGCCGUGGGGGAUGACGCUGCAGGCAGGCCCAUGGCCCACCCUUUCUUCCCCUCAUCCGUGCUUCACCACAUUUCCCUCCGUGCUUCACCACAUUUCCCUCCCUGCUUCACCACAUUUCCCUCCGUGCUUCACCACAUUUCCCUCCCUGCUUCACCUCAUUUCCCUCCCUGCUUCACCUCAUUUCCCUCCCUGCUUCACCUCAUUUCCCUCCCUGCUUCACCUCAUUUCCCUCCCUGCUUCACCUCAUUUCCCUCCCUGCUUCACCUCAUUUCCCUCCCUGCUUCACCUCAUUUCCCACCCUGCUUCACCUCAUUUCCCUCCCCGCUUCCCCUCAUUUUCCCCGCUGCUGGCCCCUCAUUUCCCUCCCUGCUUCUCCUCAUUUCACCCUUUGCUUCCCCUCAUUUCCCUCCCUGCUUUCCCUGUUUGUACCUGCUUCCCCUCAUUUCCCCCCUGCUUCCCCUCAUUUCCCCCCUGCUUCCCCUCAUUUCCCCCCUGCUUCCCCUCAUUUCCCCCCGCUGCUUCUCCUCGAAUCCUCCUCCGCUUCCCAGGAUUUCCCCCUCUGUUACCCCUCGUUUCCCCCCCUGCUUCCCCUCGUUUCCCCCUCGUCUUCACCUCGUUUCAUCUUCCUAUCUCUCACUUUCCCUCUCCCCCUCUUCCUAUCUCCCCUCUUCCCUAUCCUCCCUCUUCUUACGGUACUUCCUUCUUUCCCUCUCAGCCCUGCUUCCCUCUUCCCCCUCUUCCCUAUCUCCCCUUGACACCAAUGAAGAUUUUCUGGCACAGCAACUCGCCGAAGCCCAUCAUCCCAUGCCACGCUCGUAG